ACGGGCUGGGGUUGAGGGGACGGCUAGGGUUUCCGCGACUCCCGCGUCGCCGCCCCUCCGCGGAUUCGUGCUCGCUUGCUCUCUCCCGAGACUCUCUGCGCGGAGCCGCCUCCCGCGGUUUCGCUUCUUCGCCCUAGGGAUUGGUUCUUGCUCCUGCUUCGGAAGCGCAGCUCCGGCCUCGAUUCGCGAGGUUUCCGGGGGAGCGGCGCCGAUCUGCGGGUGGCAGCGCCGCCGCAUUGGGUGGCCCCGCAAGCCCCCGAGGGUUUCAAGCUUCGAUUCGGCCGAUUCGGCCGGCUCCAGGCUCCCAAAGGCGCGGCCUUUAGCUUCCCGGCGGCCCCGGUAAGCAUUUCGCCACACUCUGCCGCUGGGCCAGCUUGAUAUUGGAGGGAAACAUGGCGGAGAACAUCGAUCUGGUGCUGGAGUUCCUCAAGAAGAACCGGUUCGCCAAGGCCGAGGCCGCGCUCCGCGGGGAGCUCACCGCCAACGGGCCGAGGCGUGCGGCUGAGCCCAAGGGGGACGACGAGCAGGAGGACUCCGAGGUGGGUUCCGCUGCGGGGCCGAGAGGUGCUGCAUCAGUGAGAAGCGCAGAUUCGUCGAGGGAGUUCAUUGUGAAGGAGAUUGAUGUCGGAGGCCUGCCUAAUGGGUCCGAGGGCAAGAAGGGGGUGGGGAUUGGCCUGCCUCUGGAGAGCAACACAGGGGAUCUGUACCCGUGGAACUUCAGCAUCGCCAACAGCACCGCGGAGCAACUGGCGGAGCUUCUGGUGUCCGAGGAGGUGCCAAGGCAUCGCCGUGGCGCGGUGUUGCCUGAGAAGAGGGAUCGUGGUGUUGGAACCGAGCAGCCCGGUCCGGUGCUGGAGCAAAAGGUCUCUUUUGGAAGAGGGAAGGGGAAGGUUGAUGCUGCAGGGAGAAGUGAAGUCAAUGAGCCAGGCCACUCGAGUGAUAAGAAUCCGGUUCCAGAAAAGGAGGAGCCCUUGAAUGGGUACGCAGUUAAGACGGUGCUUCCAUUUCCUACAGAAAUCCCCUCUUCUAGCUACCACAGUACGCACCAUGAUGGAAAUGAGAGGAAAGACACGAAGAAGAAGAGCGUCAGUUCCGAUGGUUCUGGAAAAGCAGCAACGAGGCAGGUAGAUCACGUUGCUGACCGUUGCUUCGAUCUGCAGCUUAUGGGGAAUAGCCAGCGCGAGGAGUUCCCCAGGCUGCCUCCUGUGCGGCUCAAGUCUGAGGAUAAGCUUGUUAACAUGAACUGGGAGGAAAAGAUUGAUCAUCAUGGAUCUGGAACCAACGACCCUAGUACUGACCAUGUCUUUAUGAUUGGCUCUUAUCUUAAUGUUCCCAUUGGCCAGGACAUAACAUCAACAGGUGGAAGACGCACAGUCGGUAGUAGUUGGUUAUCUGUCAGUCAAGGUAUUGCAGAGGAUACUCCUGACAUGGUUUUUGAUUCAAUUGGUGAUGAUUUGCUUGGAUAUCCAAAUGAGUAUUGGGACUCUGAUGAGUAUGAUGACGAUGACGAUGUUGGCUACACCCGACAACCAAUUGAGGAUGAAACCUGGUUUCUUGCACAUGAGAUUGACUAUCCUAGUGACAAUGAGAAGGCAACUGGUCACACUAGUGGCCCUGACAGACAUGAUCGUCCUACAAAAGAUGAUGACGAUGACCAAUCAUUUGUUGAAGAGGAUUCCUACAUAUCUGGUGAGCAAUACUUUCAUGGGAAGAACAUUGGACAGAUAGGUACUUCGGAGGGGCCAAGAGGACAUGGAAUUCCUGAUAAUGAUAUGAUAGCUCAGUAUGAUGGUCAACUUUUGGAUUCAGAAGAACUAAAUUUGAUGCAUUCUGAACCAGUCUGGCAGGGUUUUGUUUCACAGAAUAGUGAACUUGGCAUGUUAGGCAAUGGGAAGUUCCUUAAUGAUUCUGAACGACCUCAUCCUGAUGAUCCUUUUGUUGAGGAUGACCAGCAUGGUUCAGUAAGGUCAAUUGGUGUUGGUAUAAGCAGUGAUGCCGCUGACAUUGGAAGCGAGGUGCGUGAAAGUUUGAUUGGAGGAAGCAGUGAAGGAGACAUAGAGUACUUCAAUGAAAGUAAUCUGAGUGUUAGUGGAAAGAGACACUCUCAGCAAGAAACCGAAAAGAAAAGGGUUAAUGCGAAUGGAACAAGACAGGACCAAAUGAACUAUGAUAUCCAAAAGGGCAAUAUGCCACCAGGAGCAGCUUAUGCUGAUGGUGGAUUUUCUUUUCCACCGCCAUUGCAUUCUGGAAAAAUUGCUGAAUCAGAUGCUAAGUCUUCAUGGUCAAAGAAGGAUGAUUCGUAUUCAAUUAAUGAUCCCGAUGACUGUCAAAAUGGCACAGUAUCAGAUGAUACACUAGCCACAUGGAAGAAAAAGAACAGUGUGUCUUCCAUAAGGAGCUCUCGAGAUGAAAUGACUUCUGAUGUUAUUAGAUCAAGAAAUUCAAGUGCAUCGUCUGCUUUGAAUAAUGCUUACGAUGAAGUGGAGGAGACAAUGAAUGCUCGCCAUCACAAACUAGAUGAUGCACAAGAAGAGGAGACUGGAACCACGCUAGAUGAUGAGGAAGCAGCAGCAUUGCAAGAACAAGUAAGGCAGAUAAAGGCCCAGGAGGAAGAAUUUGAAACUUUCAAUCUGAAGAUUGUACAUAGGAAAAACAGAACUGGUUUUGAAGAAGACAAAAAUUUCCAUGUUGUUCUCAAUUCUGUUAUCGCUGGUCGUUACCAUGUCACGGAGUAUUUGGGAUCAGCAGCAUUCAGCAAGGCUAUCCAGGCACAUGAUUUACACACUGGAAUGGAUGUGUGUGUUAAAAUCAUUAAGAAUAACAAAGAUUUUUUCGACCAGAGCCUUGAUGAGAUUAAGCUUCUGAAAUAUGUUAACAAGCAUGACCCUGCUGACAAGUACCACCUUCUUCGUCUAUAUGAUUACUUCUACUAUCGGGAACAUUUGUUGAUAGUUUGUGAACUUCUAAAGGCAAAUUUGUAUGAGUUUCAAAAGUUCAAUAGAGAAUCAGGAGGCGAGGUUUACUUUACGAUGCCAAGAUUGCAGUCAAUAGCUAUUCAGUGUCUGGAGUCGCUGCAGUUUCUGCAUGGACUUGGUCUUAUUCAUUGCGAUUUGAAGCCAGAGAACAUAUUGGUAAAGAGCUAUAGUAGAUGUGAAAUAAAGGUCAUUGACCUUGGCAGUAGCUGUUUUGAGACUGAUCAUCUAUGCUCGUACGUUCAAUCGCGAUCUUACCGUGCACCUGAGGUUAUACUGGGCCUACCUUAUGACAAAAAGAUAGAUGUAUGGUCACUUGGAUGUAUUCUAGCAGAACUUUGCACUGGAAAUGUUCUUUUUCAAAACGAUUCUCCUGCGACAUUACUUGCACGUGUGAUGGGCAUCAUUGGUUCCAUAGAACAAGCUAUGCUUGCACAGGGGCGUGAUACUUACAAAUACUUCACAAAGAAUCACAUGCUGUAUGAAAGGAAUCAGGAAAGUAGCAGGCUAGAGUACUUGAUUCCGAAGAAGACAUCAUUGCGGCACCGCUUGCCCAUGGCUGAUCAAGGUUUCAUUGAGUUUGUUGCAUACCUUCUCGAGGUAAAUCCAAAAAAGCGUCCAAGCGCCUUAGAAGCAUUGAAACACCCGUGGCUAUCCUUCCCCUACGAGCCAAUAUCAUCAUGACACGGUUGCUAUUGGAUUGUCAUGUUUGCACUAUAUUGAGUGCCUUAACAUAUCUUGGCACGUAAGCACCAUGAAAAAAGUUUUGAUGGAUCAAGAUAGUAGGAUUUGUUCUACCACAGACCACCCGAGAGCACCGAUCAAGUUCAGAAUUGAAGCGCAAUCUUGAUUCAAACCCAUCAUGAUGUGUCACAGCUGGGAUGGUCUUUGCUCCCUGUACUAGAAAUGCAGCCAUGUGUUGUGGUGUAAAAUAUAACUCCGGUUUUGUCUAUUUCUGGCUCCAAUGUAACAGGCCAUUUGGUUAGAUAUACUUUUGAAACCCAUUUUUCUAGGAAUAGGGCUGUCAUGUUGUACAUGGUGUGUGAUUAUUGUUGAACCUUGUGCCAUGCUGUGCACUUCUUUUAUGGCUCUAACCCAAGGUUCUGUA